CAGCCCUAAGUGUCAUUGCUCGUCUCUUUCUUUUUCCGGUCGCCGAAAUGGGUAUUGAUAUCAAUCACAAGUACGAUCGCAAGGUUCGCAGAACCGAACCCAAAUCUCAGGAUGUUUACCUGCGUUUGUUGGUGAAGUUGUACCGUUUCCUGCAACGUCGCACCAACAAGAAGUUCAACCGCAUCAUCCUGAAGCGUUUGUUUAUGAGCAAAAUCAAUCGGCCACCAAUGUCGCUGCAGCGCAUCGCACGCUUCGCCAAGGCCGCCAAGCAGCCCGAGUCCACCGUGGUUGUUGUUGGCACCGUUACCGAUGAUGCCCGCUUGUUGGUUGUGCCCAAAUUGAAGGUGUGCGCCUUGCAUGUCACCCAGACGGCACGGGAGCGCAUCCUCAAGGCUGGCGGUGAAGUGCUGACCUUCGACCAAUUGGCUCUGAGUUCGCCCACCGGCAAGAACACGCUGUUGCUGCAAGGCAGACGCACUGCUCGCACCGCCUGCAAGCACUUUGGCAAGGCUCCUGGUGUUCCCCACUCCCACACUCGUCCCUAUGUCCGCUCCAAGGGACGCAAGUUCGAGCGUGCUCGUGGUCGUCGCUCCAGCUGCGGCUACAAGAAGUAAACAACAACAACAACUGUUUGGAGACGUCGCUUUUUGGGUUAAGAUUUAAAUGAUUUGUCAAUCGUGGAGAGAAAACAACAACAACGUUGCGCUCUUUUGGAGCAAUAAAGAAUUUUUAUUCCAAAAAGUGAACAAA